AUGGCAUCUCCCACUGCCACCAGGCACGGGCAAGAUGCCAUGGCUACCGCCCCUGCGCCUCCCAAUGCCACCACCGGCACCGCCAAGAGCAGGACCAUCGUCACCAUCUCGGUGCUAUUGGGAGUGCUUUUCAUCAUCAUUAUGCUGGUUUGGUGGACCAGCGGGAAAAGGCAACCCCAGCCACCUGCACCAAUGCCCGUCGUAUACCGACAGAUUAUCAAGGAAAAAAGAAAGACUGGCAUGUCGAAGUCCUUUGUCGAUUCGAUGCCUCUGGUCAAAUAUGGGACGGUGAUACGAGUAGCUCAAAUGGAAAACAUGACGGAUGAAGAAGCCAAUAUCUGUGUCAAGGGAAAGAAAGUCACCGUGGAUACUGCAAAGAGAAAUAUAGAUGAGUGUCCUGUUUGCGUCGACACUUUUACUCCUUCCCAGGAGGUACGAAUUCUACAUUGUGGCCACAUAUAUCACCCUCGAUGUAUCGAUCCGUGGUUGCUAAGGGUGUCUGGUACAUGUCCGAUAUGUAGAAAGGACCUGAAAAGAAUGGCACCAUCGCGACUCUCUGACCCACAGAUCCCAAGACCGGCUCAUUUGUCGACACGGUCAUUAUGAAAUGAACAGGAAGACCACGUUGAGCGACAUCUCGUCUGUGGAAAUCAUCCUUACAAUUUCAACAUGCCAAAUACCCAGCCCACGAAAUAUACCUUGCUUGAACCCAAGUUACAACAAACCAUCCUGGCGGACAGAAAGCCAAUAAAGUUGGGAUAUAUCUCAAAUACAGCGAGUACUGCUGGGCGGUUGAUAUUUACACCUGCAGAGAUUCCAACAUUGUUAGAUUUGAAUAUUGCCAGAAGAACGAA